CUUACUCUCAUAACAGCGCCAUCAUCUCGUCGUCCUCGUCAGCAUCUGCAACUGUUGCCAUUAUUUCUCGUAUUAUAUCCCUUGGCCUUGAGUCCUUCUAUCAUCUCGACCCGCCUCUUGCAGCUGGCCACUCUUUACACACCUCCUCUCACCUCGCUUCGGACCCGUCAUCUGUGUGCGGCUGACCCGUCCCCUUGUUUACCAUUCCCUGAACGGUGCUCCUUCUUUGUUUCUACCGCCAGAUUCAUCCCAUUCCUCGUUCAGCCACUCCUAACUCUUGACUUUCAAAAGUCUUCCUCCUCUCACCUACCACUUUCCUUUGCCACAGUCCCAGCCUGCGGUCAUAUCCACCACACUCGAAGAAUAGUCGUAGAGCUCCACGAUGUGUGGCAUCUUCGGUUACAUCAAUUAUCUGGUCGAAAAGGAUCGUCAAUACAUCCUCGACACAUUGCUCAAUGGCCUUACCCGGCUAGAAUAUAGAGGGUAUGACUCGGCCGGUCUCGCUAUUGACGGUGACAAGAGAAAUGAAGUCUUUGCGUUCAAAGAGGUGGGCAAGGUGGCCAAACUCCGUGAGCUGAUUGCAGCCUCCGGUGUCGACUCAACAAAGGUCUUUGACUCUCAUGCUGGUAUUGCCCACACCCGGUGGGCCACCCAUGGUCAACCAUCCAGAGUCAACUGCCAUCCUCACAGAUCUGACCCCAAGUGGGAGUUCGCGGUCGUUCACAACGGAAUCAUUACAAACUACAAGGAGUUGAAAGCCCUUCUCGAAGGCAAAGGUUUCAAAUUCGAGACGGAUACAGAUACCGAGUGCAUUGCCAAACUAGCCAAAUUCCUCUACGACGCCCAUCCAGACAUCGAUUUCACCACCCUCGCCAAGGCGGUCAUCAAAGAGCUCCAAGGCGCCUUCGGUCUCUUGAUGAAGUCAGUCCACUACCCUCACGAAGUCGUUGCUGCUCGUAAGGGUUCCCCCUUGGUGGUUGGUGUCAAGACCGCCAAAAAGAUGAAGGUUGACUUUGUCGACGUCGAAUAUUCCGAGGAUGGCGGUGCUUUGUCCGCCGAAAGAGCCAAUCACAAUGUCGCAGUCAAGAAGUCCGCAGCUGGCCUCCUUCGGCCUGGUGGUCUCCUGGCCCCUCCUGACAAGUCUCUUCUCCACAGAUCGCAGUCUCGAGCCUUCCUUUCUGAUGAUGGAAUGCCUCAGCCAGCGGAAUUCUUCCUCUCUUCUGACGCAUCAGCCCUGAUUGAGCACACCAAGAAAGUCCUAUACCUCGAAGAUGAUGAUAUUGCCCAUAUCCACGAGGGUCAGCUCAACAUCCACCGUCUGACCAAGGAUGACGGCACUAGCAAUGUUCGCGCCAUUCAGACCAUUGAGCUCGAGCUUCAAGAAAUCAUGAAGGGCAAGUUUGACCACUUCAUGCAAAAGGAGAUCUUUGAGCAGCCCGAGUCAGUGGUCAACACAAUGCGUGGUCGCCUGGACGUUGCCAACAAGACCGUUACUCUUGGUGGACUGAGACAGUAUAUUAGCACCAUUCGACGCUGUCGACGAGUCAUCUUUAUCGCCUGUGGAACAAGUUACCAUUCUUGCAUGGCGGUCCGAGGCGUGUUUGAAGAACUCACAGAGAUUCCCAUUGCUGUAGAACUGGCAUCCGACUUCCUCGACCGACAAGCACCAGUGUUCCGCGACGACACCUGUGUGUUUGUGUCGCAGUCUGGAGAAACAGCCGAUUCUCUCAAUGCCCUGCGGUACUGCUUAGAGCGCGGCGCACUGACCGUUGGUAUUGUCAACGUGGUCGGUUCAUCAAUCUCGAUGCUGACCCACUGCGGCGUCCACAUCAACGCUGGACCCGAAAUCGGUGUUGCUUCGACCAAGGCGUACACCUCUCAAUUUGUUGCCAUGGUCAUGUUUGCGCUAUCUCUUAGCGAGGAUCGAGCAUCCAAGACCCAGCGUCGACAUGAGAUCAUCGAGGGAUUGGGCAAGGUUAGCGACCAGUUCCGGGAGAUCCUCAAGCUCAACGACAAAAUCAAGGAAAUGUGUGCCAAAUUCCUCCAGAAUCAAAAGUCGUUGUUGUUGCUUGGACGUGGAAGCCAGUACUCGACUGCACUUGAGGGUGCAUUGAAAAUCAAGGAAAUUUCCUACUUGCAUUGCGAGGCUGUCAUGUCGGGAGAAUUGAAACACGGUGUCUUGGCACUUGUCGACGAGAACCUACCCAUUAUCAUGAUCUUGACAAGAGACGACAUCUUUGCGAAGUCAUUGAACGCAUAUCAACAAGUGAUUGCUCGCAGUGGUCGACCAAUUGUUAUUUGCAACGAGAACGACCCCGAGUUCCCACCUGACAAGACGGAGCGCAUUGAGGUACCAAAGACCGUGGACGCUUUGCAAGGCCUUCUCAACGUCAUUCCCCUACAGUUGAUCGCGUACUGGCUGGCGGUCGCUGAAGGAUUGAAUGUUGACUUCCCUCGCAAUUUGGCCAAAUCCGUCACGGUCGAGUAGAUAACUUGUGGGCUCAACGCGCGUAAUGUUAGACGAGGAAGGGAAUAGCAUGUAUGAUAGAGUGAAAUGAAGGAAGCAUUAGGCGUAGGCUACAUCCAUUAUAGCAAAGGUCGUGUAUCUUUUCGGGGCCACAAGACUGGUUUGACUAAAGGCUGCACGGCGCAGAUUCUCAGAUCUCAAUAUCACGAUCCAAAAAAUACUAUACUUUGAAAAUUGGCUUGGC